AGAGCGGUCGCGCGGAUGACGCAUGCGUGGCUGGGCUUGGAGGGGGGUGUGUGUGUGUGUGUAAGACUGACCGGGCACGCGCAAGCGCGCGGCCGUGCUGCGGGGUCGUGCGAGUGGGCGGGUGACGCAUGCGCGGGCAGCCGCGGCCUUAAGGGCGGCGGCGGCCCAGGCGGCCCAGUCGGCCUGUCAGCCGGCUACGAGGCACAGCCCGGCGCUUGCGCAGCACGGCGGCCAUGGCGGCGGAGGAGGAGGACACUGGCGAAAGGUGUCCCCUGUGCAUACAAAAAAGAACCUGUUCGUAUAUCUAAUGGAAAUAAAAUAUGGACACUGAAGUUCUCUCACGAUAUUCCCCAUAAGACUCCACUUGUCCUCCUCCACGGUUUUGGAGGAGGUCUUGGACUCUGGGCACUGAAUUUUGGAGACCUUUGCACCGAUAGACCCGUCUAUGCUUUUGACCUGCUGGGCUUUGGGCGAAGUAGCAGGCCCAGGUUUGACAGUGACGCCGAAGAAGUGGAGAAUCAGUUCGUGGAAUCCAUUGAAGAGUGGAGGUGCGCCCUCGGCCUGGACAAAGUGAUCCUGCUUGGACACAACCUGGGUGGGUUCUUGGCUGCUGCUUACUCACUGAAGUACCCAUCAAGGGUUAAUCAUCUCAUUUUAGUGGAGCCUUGGGGUUUUCCUGAGCGACCAGACCUUGCUGAUCAAGACAGACCAAUUCCAGUUUGGAUCAGAGCCUUGGGGGCAGCACUGACUCCCUUCAACCCGUUAGCUGGCCUCAGGAUUGCAGGGCCCUUUGGUUUAAGUCUAGUACAGCGUUUAAGACCUGAUUUCAAACGGAAGUAUGCUUCCAUGUUUGAAGACGAUACUGUCACGGAAUACAUCUACCACUGUAAUGUGCAGACUCCGAGCGGGGAGACAGCGUUCAAAAAUAUGACUAUUCCUUAUGGAUGGGCAAAAAGGCCAAUGCUCCAGCGGAUUGGUAAAAUGCAUCCUGACAUUCCAGUUUCAGUCAUCUAUGGUGCCCGGUCCUGCAUAGAUGGCAAUUCUGGCACCAGCAUCCAGUCGUUACGACCGCAUUCAUACGUGAAGACGAUAGCCAUUCUCGGGGCAGGGCAUUAUGUGUACGCAGAUCAACCGGAAGACUUCAACCAGAAAGUGAAGGAGAUCUGUGACUCUGUGGACUGAAGGGGACGUGAGAAAACCUGCUGUCUGACAAAUUCCUCGGCCAUAAAAUAAUUCAGUCUGCGGUGAAGAGUAAGGAAUACGAGAGAAGCAGGCAGUGUCCUUGACUGCACUUUGCACAUGUUUUCUUUGUGAAGCUGCUUGCACAUUUAAACCAGUUAGUGCUUUCUAGAGCAAUGCCUUUCUUUUCUCCUACACAAAGUCGAAACAUGCAAGAGUCUCCAAAUCUAAUAGCUUUAAUAAAAGGUGGUUUGUCCCUCUGCUGUACUGAAACAUGGUAAUUUUUCAACUGAAUUUUUUAAAUUACUAUCUAACUUUGCUAUGUCAGGUACUUUUAUGUUUCAGUCUAUAUUGCCUAUUUUAAAAAGUGACUUCUGAGUCUAUUAUUUUAUAUACUGUAAAGGUGCACUUUAUUUUCUUUGUCUGCCUGUAUUUACCUUGUCUAAUAACUGAUACAGGGCAUCAAAAUUCACUGUUUUUAUGUAAAAAUUUGUCGCUUGUUUAGCAUACUUUACUUCAUUUUUGAAAUGGAGCGGGGAGACAGCGUUUUGGUUAAAAAGAUAGGAAUUGAUCACUAGCACUAAUUUUUCUGAUUUUCCUCUGUUCUCUGCUUAAGGCUGCAAAGCCAUGUUCAGCAUUUUAAAUGUGAUCCAUCCUGACAUAUCUGCAGCAGCAUAGCUCCUUGGAACCUUCUGGUGUGAUAUAAUUCUACACUUCUAGUGAAAUGUGGUAUUAAUACUUAAGUGAUUCAGGUACUGAAAAGCCUUAACUAAAAGUCUGUCCUUCCCCUCCCCCCAUUAGUAUAUUCUUUUCUAUGAGCCAGGAUGCAGCAAAAGGAAUAGAUUUCCUCACUGAAGACUGUUACCUUCUAAUAAGCCAAAUCAUAUAUUUUCAUUAACAUCUAACUUGUAGAUGGGUGCUAAAUAUGGAUUAUAUUUUAACCACUAAAAUAUAAAAAUAGCUUGUGCUAUUACGUCUCAUGGCACCAGAAAUGAGCUAACACUUGGGUUUUUUGGGGUUUUUUUAAGAGGUUUAUGUUGAUUAAAUAAUAUACGUAGUUGAAGUCAUACUACAAAAAUUCUAUAAGGUUGACUGAACUAUUAGACAAUGACUACCAUCAGUGUAGUACUUUUUUGCUAUUUUAAAAUGAGGUAAACUUCGAAAAUGUGAAUAAGUUCUAUGUGGUAACUGGCUGCUGAAAAGACCCUCUGAAAAUUGAAUGGGAUUGUCACCAAUAAGGCAUUUUUGCCUUGUGUUUUGCUAAUGUUGCUUGUCUAGGAGAAAGGUGGUUAUGUAAAUAAAAAAAAAAAGUGAACCUAGAGCAAUAAUGGUUUACUGGUUUUGACUGCUGCAUUUUAAAAAUGGUUAAUCAGGGAAUUUCUAGUGGUUAAGAGAUGUAAGGUUGUAUUACUGUUGACUAACUGCCAAAAAUACCGAAUGUUCUAUUUUCAACAUCUCCCCUACAGACGAAUAGGCAGAUUAUACAAAUUACACUGAAGCAUGACAGAUAGCUUCCCAAUGAAUGUCUCACUUGUCAGAUGAAGUAGGUCAGUGCAGAAGGAAACAUGAGAGCCAAGGCGUUGUCAGAUUUCUGUGUUGUCAGAUUUCUCUACCUUAAGAACAAAAGAAGCCUUUAUUUUUUAGUGUUUUGGGUGGCCAGAUUCAAACUCUAUACAGGUAAUUUGGGUCAGAUUUUUGUGUGACAGGUUGUCCAGUCUCUCUUAAUUAUUCUUUGCUGGACUAAUGACAGUUUUCACUUGUACAGGAGGGUUUUUAAAAGUUAAAUUUUACCUUGGCCUAUAGUAUAUGUAAUUUUGUGAAGACGGAGCUAGCAGAGAAAGUUACAAUCCUCAAAUUCCUCAAAAUACAGUGGGUGCUAAAUGUUUUUUUUAAUCUAUUACAGUAUUUGAUCUUUGCUAAAUUAUGCACAAUGUACUUUGACUUGAUUUUACAGAAUAAAUUUUACUGUGAUAGUUGCAA